UUUUGUUGUGGGUGGAGAGAUGCCCUAAAAUGCCAGGGCUAGAGACGAAGGGCCAAUGGGAUGCCCCGGGAGGCCUCUCCUCUCCUCUGCUCCUCGCCCGCCCUUCCUCUUCCUCUCCGUCACGUGGGAAAAGAGCCCGGGUUCGCUCGCUCGCUCGCUCCCCGCGCGCCUCGUUACGCACCGCGGAGAAGCCCUGGGUUGCGCCUCUCCCCUUCCCCGUCUCCACUCCUUUUUUCUCCCGAUUUGGGAAGCCGCCUUCGAGCCUCCCUCUCCCCCCGGAGGACACCAUGAAGCCGCUGCUUCUGCCCCUUCGGCUCGCCCUCCUCGCCUCCCUCGCCCUCCAGUUGGUAAAAUCUGAUGAAAAGAUUUCAGAGACCCCCACCCCUCUUCAUUCACAUUCUUCAAUAACAGGUCCUUCGAAUUCAACAAGCAUUGCUACUUCCAAGCCCACUCCGCCUGCAGCGAACGCCACAGCUGCCCCUUCUGUGAUUUCUAAUUCCACAGCCAAACCCACAACUGUUGCCAAGACCACUGCGACCUCCAAACCCACAUCUCCUCCCAAAGAAGUCUCUACUGAAGCUGUCAAACCCACACCAGCGAAGCCUAAUGUGACCGUGGUCACAACUCCGAAGCCAGUAUUGCCUUCUGUAACUGUGACAGUAACUCCAAAAGCUGCUGCCGCUCAAGCAUCACCAUCAGGUUUCAGUGCUGCCAGCUUUAUAGGAGGCAUUCUGCUGACAUUAGGACUUCUGGCGAUUGGCUACGUUGGAUGCAAAACCUACCAUGCGAAAAGGGGUGUUCAAUAUCGGACCAUUGAUGAACAUGAUGCCAUCAUUUAAAGUCAGUGCUCAAAUGACACAAAAGGUGAAGCUUCCCACACACAAGCAUCCUGCAAAAUAGGCCUUAAUGUAAAAAACUGAUGACUGUAUACCAGGGUGUCUAGUUCCUUUCUUGAUGUGUACCUCCCUGCAAGACUGUGAGUAAAACCAUCAGGAUACUGAAUACUUCAGAGUCUUUCAGAUGAAGAGCUCAAAAGAGACUACACAACCAGUGACUUUUUCAAUGACCACUUUUGCUAAAAAAAAUUUAAUGGGAAGAACUUAGUUAAACAUUGCUGCCACUUCGCUGUUACGCACAGAAGAUUCGAGAAAUCACUUCCAUGAUAAAACACGCCUUGUAUAUCAGUGCUGUGGCAACACACUCACCCUCUGCCACACUGUAAAUUGCAUUGUCCUUUUUUUGUAGAAGAAAUGAACCAUGCUGAACAAAAUAAGUUUCCUUUCCAAGAUGGAUUCAAAAGCAACAUCCUCUGAUUGUUUGUCUUAGUUUUGUGGAUUGAGGGGAAAUAUUUUUUGUUAAUAAUAUGGGGAAUGUCAAACAUUGUGUGUGUCUUCUUGAAUGUUUAAGAAAAAUAUUUGUCUGCUUCCCAGUGCCAAGAAACAGAUGCAAGGAAUGGGGUGUGUGCUGUUACACUGAGGGUUGCUUCGGUUGAGGGAAUAAUGAUCUUUGUGUUGCUUUUGAAAAGUUGUUUUGGUAAAAUGCCUGCUGAAAUUUGGGACAUAAAUAACUUUGUUCUUGUCCCACAUCUAGACUUACACAAAGUUGUUAUGUAUUAAGUUAAGAAUUAACACUGUCUUGGAAAAGCUGCACUUCCAGCUUCACGGCACAUAAAAAGAGUCACGCAACUGGUUCUCUGUGUGAUAAAAUAUAUUCAGCUUACAUUCACUGUAACAGAAAUGAAGCUCAAAUACUGCUGAAACAAGACAAUUCUAUUCUUCUGCUACCUAUAUUCAUAUAAAAACUUGCAGUAGUUACACCAUAGGUAUCCAUUCCAGUACGUAUAAAGCAUAACAAUUCAGGAGGAAGACAUUUAUUGGUUUCUACUGAGAUUUAUUUAAACUUGAAUAUAUACUUAGGCUGUGAAUAGAUGAAAGUUUUGAAAAACAGUGCUUUUCAUGUUGUAGAAGGUAAUUUCACUUCUUUUUAAUGUUUACCUUUUGACCCAAAUGAUUUAAAGAUGAUUUUUGGGGGGUGAAAACCUCAAAGGAUGGUGGUUGGGAGCAAUUCCGGGAGUUCUGUUACCUUCUUCCCAAAGUUCUGGUUUGAAUACAUUUAUAGUCAUCCCUCUAUAUUUGAAGUUUUAACUCUUGCAGAUUUGAUUGUUCAUGGAUUUAGUUAAAAAUGAUUUUCCCCUAAGAAUCUGUAGAUUCUCAGCAUCAACUAUAAUGAGCUUCCUCCAGUCGUUGCUUGAGGACCUGGUGAUUUUAAGAGAUAAUAUCUCUCUAGGAAUUUCUAGGUCCUCCAGUGUGAUUCUGGGACCACCUUCCAGUAAAAGUUGACCAUAGAGUCAUGGUAGAAGAUCUAAACAUUUCUAAAGAAAAUAUUUCUUUCUUUGCAAAAUACCUUCAGUUCUAAAAAGCAUUCUUAUCCAUCUCCAGCCUUAUUUUGGUUUAGCUGUGAAGUUUUCUGCACUGUUCACCAAUGGAGGAAAUCUUCUUGUAUGUCAUUGAUAGCUUUAUCUUUGAGGGAUAAAGUCUCCUUCAAAUACUACUGCUCACUUUCUUGUCUUUGAGGUUACCUCCCAAGUCUUUUAACAUAAUUACAAGAGUUAUUUUUCACACACAUGAAAAAGGGUGCACCCUCCAAAUGUCCGCCCCCCCCCCCCCCCCGACCGUGUACCUUGAUAGAAUUUUAUCGGUUGCAUCCAUAAAGUUAUUUUGGAAUUUGCCAAGGUCUCCGAGGUCAACCUGCCUUUUUAAUUAGUACUUACUUCCAACAGAGUAAAUAAUUAACUUUCUUAAUUGUUUUUUUGUUUGACAUAAUGUGGCCACAACUUGGGAGAUUGCCUUGGGUGCCGCUUCAAAGAUGCAGUUGCAAGGGGGCAAGUUGAUAACAUGCGUUCCUGAGAUGAUCGUCAUGUAGAAUUAAUUAGGAUACAUGGAGAUUUUAGCACAUUGGUUUCAUAUGAUCAGUCUUCCUUUGCUACCAAAGAAAAAUGCAAUCUUUUAAUAUUUAAGCAGUAUGGGGUUCAUAAAUGCCUUCCUUCCCACAGUCUACAGAUAAGCAUGAUGUGAUAGUCUCCGCAUCCAACAGCCCACGUCUGCCCACUUUUUCCACAGUGGUUUUAUAUCAUUUCCUAAGCAGAACCAAGAAUGUCUCUUAUGUAAAAUUUAGUGGACUUAAGUGUAUCAGAGAUAGGGAUAAAUUCCCAAGACUUCUGGUUGGCACUGCAAAUUAUGCAUGUUUUUGACUUUGUCAAAGUUUCCCUUCAUAAAACCAGGACUUUUAAAUUCCUUGUGUGUCAAAAGUACUUUUCAGAAAACUUUAUAUGCACUAGCCUUACGUUCUCCCAACCUGUUCCCUCUAUCAUGUUUGUCUACAUAAUUCCUUGCCAUUGAAUGAUGAAGCAUUUAGUUGAACAGCAACAGAAGGCAACACUUUUGAGAAGUUGAAAUAGAAGUUUGGAGAAGUUUGUCCCAGUGUCAUCCGGGUUUUUGUUUUGUUUUGUUUUGCCAGUGAUGAAAAACACAACAAGCUGAAGAAAUAAUAACAGGGCAGGUUCAUGCCGUUUGAGUCACCUACCAGUGCAAUUUGCAUUUCAAACGUUCUCACAAUGGGGAUUCCUAACAACCCAAAUACAAAUAUUCCCAUUACAUGCCUAUCGAAAUAUCACCAUACAAAGUGCAGAGCUUCAAAAAUACCCUUUUUUCACAGAAUACCCCAGCCAUCAGGGGGAAGUCUUAAGAGUUGUAGUUUUAAAAAAAACAUUGUUCAAUGUUUUGAAGGCCCCAUCUGAUAAUGUAUGGUGCUUUGAGAUGAGGUUAUCAUUGUUAUCUGUCUUUUCAGGCAAAGCUUAAAACAAAGACAUUGCUUAGACAUUCCUUUCCCUGUGAGAACUUUGUUAAUUGCAUUUAAUUAGAGCUGCUGUAAUUUUCAGCACCCCAACAUUGCAGUCUCCUGAAGUUCAGAAAGGAAGCCCUUCGCGUAAAAAGAUUAUCGAAACUGUGAUUCUUGUUUAAAAUAUUGUUCAUUUAGUGAGAAGAUGGCGACUUGGAAUUUCUAUUCCUUUUUCAUCGUUUUUUCCCCCUCGAGGACAAGAAUGACAACUAUUCUGAAAUAUAAUUUUAAUGGAAUUGUACUGCAUACCUUUCUUUGCAUACAUUGGCUAGACUGUGUAAGAUAAGAAUUCUGUACAAGAAAAGCUUUUUGUUGCAAUUGGCUGUUUUUUUUCAUUAGGAAAUAUUCUUGAGUUUGCUAAAUUUCUUGAUCUGUAGAUGUGAUUUUUGUCACCCACCUGCAAGACAUAAUUGAGUCAACUCAUCUUACAUCUUUUUCAAAAAUAAAUGUUAAUAAAAAUA